CCGCCGGCUCCCCGCGGCCCCGGAGGUUUCACUGCACAACAAGAUGGCGGCGGCNGGCGAGCGGAGCUGGCGGGGCUGCCGGGGCCGGAGCGGGGGGAGCCGGGCCGGCCGGCCGCCUACUGCCACCGCCCGCCCCGGGGCCCCCGGCCGCCCCCGCUGCUGUGUCCCCGGCGGCUGGCCCGCCGCGUCCCCCAGCCCCGGCCUCCCGUGGUCCGGUGCCUGCUCGCAUCGGCUACUACGAGAUCGACCGCACCAUCGGCAAGGGCAACUUCGCUGUGGUCAAGCGGGCCACGCACCUCGUCACCAAGGCCAAGGUUGCUAUCAAGAUCAUAGACAAGACCCAGCUAGACGAAGAAAACUUGAAGAAGAUUUUCCGGGAAGUUCAAAUUAUGAAGAUGCUUUGCCACCCCCAUAUCAUCAGGCUUUACCAGACCACCUGGUGGCCCAUGGUAGAAUGGCAGAAAAGGAGGCCCGUCGGAAGUUCAAACAGAUCGUCGCAGCCGUCUUUUUUUGUCACUGUCGGAACAUUGUUCAUCGUGAUCUAAAAGCCGAAAACUUGCUUCUGGACGCCAAUCUGAAUAUCAAAAUAGCAGAUUUUGGCUUCAGUAACCUUUUCACUCCUGGGCAGCUGCUGAAGACCUGGUGUGGCAGCCCUCCCUACGCUGCACCUGAACUCUUUGAAGGAAAGGAAUAUGAUGGGCCCAAAGUGGACAUCUGGAGCCUUGGAGUCGUCCUCUAUGUGCUCGUGUGUGGUGCCCUGCCAUUUGAUGGGAGCACACUGCAGAAUCUGCGGGCACGGGUGUUGAGUGGAAAGUUCCGCAUCCCAUUUUUUAUGUCCACAGAAUGUGAGCAUUUGAUCCGCCACAUGCUGGUUUUGGACCCCAGCAAGCGCCUCUCGAUGGAGCAGAUCUGCAAGCACAAGUGGAUGAAGCUAGGGGACGCCGAUCCCAACUUUGACAGGUUAAUAGCUGAAUGCCAACAACUAAAGGAAGAAAGACAGAUGGACCCCCUGAAUGAGGAUGUCCUCUUGGCAAUGGAGGACAUGGGACUGGACAAAGAGCGGACACUACAGUCAUUAAGAUCAGAUGCCUAUGAUCACUAUAGUGCAAUCUACAGCCUGCUGUGUGAUCGACAUAAGAGACAUAAAACCCUGCGCGUCGGAGCACCUCCUAGUAUGCCUCGAGCCAUGGCCUUUCAAGCACCAGUCAAUAUCCAGGCGGAGCCGGCUGGGACCACUGUGAACCUUAGCGUUCCUCAGGUGCAGCUUAUCAACCCAGAGAACCAAAUUGUGGAGCCGGAUGGGACAGUGAACUUGGACAGCGAUGAGGGUGAAGAGCCUUCCCCUGAAGCAUUGGUCCGCUAUUUGUCAAUGAGGAGGCACACAGUAGGUGUGGCUGACCCACGCACGGAAGUUAUGGAAGAUCUGCAGAAGCUCCUACCUGGUUUUCCUGGAGUCAGCCCGCAGGCUCCGUUCCUGCAGGUGGCCCCUAACAUGAACUUCAUGCACAACCUUUUGCCCAUGCAAAAUCUGCAACCAACUGGGCAGCUUGAGUACAAGGAGCAGUCCCUGUUACAGCCGCCCACCCUACAGCUGCUGAAUGGAAUGGGCCCCCUUGGCCGGAGGGCAUCAGAUGGAGGAGCCAACAUCCAACUACAUGCCCAGCAGCUGCUGAAGCGCCCACGGGGACCCUCCCCACUUGUCACCAUGACACCAGCAGUGCCCGCAGUUACCCCUGUGGACGAGGAGAGCUCAGAUGGGGAGCCAGAUCAGGAAGCUGUGCAGAGGUACUUGGCAAAUAGGUCCAAAAGACAUACACUGGCCAUGACCAACCCUACAGCUGAGAUCCCACCGGACCUACAACGGCAGCUAGGACAGCAGCCUUUCCGUUCCCGGGUCUGGCCCCCUCACCUGGUACCUGAUCAGCAUCGCUCCACCUACAAGGACUCCAACACCCUGCACCUCCCCACGGAGCGUUUCUCCCCCGUGCGCCGGUUCUCAGAUGGGGCUGCAAGCAUCCAGGCCUUCAAAGCUCACCUGGAAAAAAUGGGCAACAACAGCAGCAUCAAACAGUUGCAGCAGGAGUGUGAGCAGCUGCAGAAGAUGUACGGGGGGCAGAUUGAUGAAAGAACCCUGGAGAAGACCCAGCAGCAGCAUAUGUUAUACCAGCAGGAGCAGCACCAUCAAAUUCUCCAGCAACAAAUUCAAGAUUCUAUCUGUCCUCCUCAGCCUUCUCCACCUCUUCAGGCUGCAUGUGAAAAUCAGCCAGCCCUCCUCACCCACCAGCUCCAGAGGUUAAGGAUUCAGCCUUCAAGCCCACCCCCCAACCACCCCAACAAUCAUCUCUUCAGACAACCCAGUAAUAGUCCUCCCCCCAUGAGCAGUGCCAUGAUCCAGUCUCACGGUGCUGCAUCUCCACCCCAGUUUCAAGGCCUACCCUCCCGCAGUGCAAUCUUCCAGCAGCAGCCUGAGAACUGUUCUCCUCCUCCCAGUGUGGCACUAACCUGCUUGGGUAUACAGCAGCCUACCCAGUCCCAGCAGGUGACCAUCCAAGUCCAGGAGCCUGUUGACAUGCUCAGCAGCAUGCCGGGGACAGCUCCAGGCUCUGCCGGGCGGGGCCUUUCCAUCAGCCCCAGUGCCAGUCAGAUUCAGAUGCAGCACCGUGCCAACCUGAUGGCCUCCUUCAGCUAUGGGCACCGGCCCUUGUCCAAGCAGCUAAGUGCUGACAGUGCAGAGGCCCACAGCUUGAACGUGAAUCGGUUCUCCCCUGCUAACUACGACCAGGCGCAUUUACACCCCCAUCUAUUUUCGGACCAGUCCCGGGGUUCCCCCAGCAGCUACAGCCCUUCAACAGGAGUGGGGUUCCCGCCAACCCAAGCUCUGAAAGUCCCUCCACUUGACCAAUUUCCCACCUUCCCUCCCAAUGCACAUCAGCAGCCCUCUCACUAUACCACAUCAGCACUACAGCAGGCCCUGCUGUCCCCCACACCGCCAGACUAUACAAGACACCAGCAGGUACCCCACAUCCUUCAAGGACUGCUCUCUCCCCGACAUUCGCUCACCGGCCACUCGGACAUUCGGCUGCCCCCAGCAGAGUUUGCACAGCUCAUUAAAAGGCAGCAGCAGCAGCAGCAGCGACAGCAACAGCAGCAGCAGCAGCAGCAAGAGUACCAAGAAUUGUUCAGGCAUAUGAACCAGGGGGAUGCUGGGAGUCUGGCUCCCAAUAUUGGGGGACAGAGUAUGACAGAGCACCAGGCUUUACCAUAUCAAAAUGCUGACUCAUAUCACCACCAUACCAGCCCCCAGCAUCUUCUACAAAUCAGGGCGCAAGAAUGUAUCUCCCAGGUUUCCUCACCCAGCCCAACCCACGGUUAUGCUCACCAGCCGGCACUCAUGCACUCAGAGAGCAUGGAAGAGGAGUGCUCAUGCGAGGGGGCCAAGGAUGGCUUUCCAGACAGGAAGAGUUCAAACACAUCGACCAAGAGUUGCCAUGACAGCCCCCUGCUCUUGAGUACUGGCGGACCCGGGGACCCUGAAUCUUUACUAGGAACUGUGAGUCACGCACAGGAAUUGGGGAUACAUCCAUACCGACAUCAGCCAACUGCUACAUUCAGUAGAAAUAAGGUGUCCAGCCGAGAGUCUGUCAUAGGAAACUGCAUGGAUAGAAGUUCUCCAGGACAAGCAAUGGAGCUGCCAGAUCACAAUGGACUUGGAUACCCAGCACGCCCCUCAGUCAAUGAGCACCACAGGCCCCGGACCCUCCAGAGACACCACACGAUCCAGAACAGUGACGAUGCUUACGUGCAGCUGGAUAACUUGUCAGGAAUGAGUCUGGUGGCUGGGAAAGCACUUAGUUCUGCCCGGAUGUCAGAUGCAGUUCUCAGUCAGUCCUCGCUUAUGGGGAGCCAGCAGUUUCAGGAUGGAGAAAAUGAAGGAUGCGGAGAGAGCCUAAGAGGUCAUGAGCACCCAGACCUGACUGAUGGCAGCCAGCAUUUGAAUUCCUCUUGUUACCCAUCAACGUGUAUUACAGACAUACUGCUCAGCUACAAGCACCCUGAGGUCUCCUUCAGCAUGGAACAGGCAGGCGUGUAACAGAAACUGAGAGUUUGUGUGCGGUUCGGGAGUGAAAAGGUUGACUUUAAACCAACAGUAUCUGGCAGCAUUGCGCCAAAUUGCCAUUGUGUUUCCACCCAAAACGUCGUGGCUCCUUUCGUCACUUUUGGUUCAUCAGUGUGCUGUUCUUUUGGGUUCUGAGGGCAUUUUGCCAUGUUUGCUUGUUUGACCAAAUCACCAAGGAAAUAAACAGGAAAUCCACAUUCGCCACCUUUUGUAAAAGUGUAUUUGGUAAAUUUCAGUUGGUGGUUUGGUUUGGUUUUGGUUUUUGUGGGGUUUUUGUUUUGUUUUGGGGUGUUUUUGGUAUUCUUUGGGAGGUGUUUUGUUUUGUUUUUACUUUGCGCCUCUCUCUCUCUGUCUCUCUCCUUUCCUUUUUUGAGGCAGAAGAGCAAAGCAGUUAGAGUACGAGGCCAGGGAGACAGAGCCACUCCCUUCCCCAGCCUCCAUCCACAGUGCACCCUCCAGUCCUCUGCACUGCUCCUCCACAGAAGCAAAACUGAAGGAUAACAUCCUCUGAAAUUUUAGUUGCUGGGGAAAGAGAGGGGAAGGGGUGAUGGCCAUUGGCACUUGGAGAGCAAAAGAAGCCCCAAGCUUGGAACCUGGGGACGUCUUUACUGCUGGGAUCCACUGAAAAACAUGUCUGGUCCAGCCAAGAUCAUACGAGAAUGCUAGCGUGGCGACUGAGCGUGACCUGAUGUUGAUGGGGUGUCGGUUAGAAUGUCUCAGUGUGAGCCUUUUCUUUGGUGUAUAACUCAGUUCCCCUCUUGUAACCCGGAAAGUUGGUUGCCUUUACCAUCCUGCUGGUUCUCCCCAUGGACUGAACACCCAACAGUGGUACACUAUGCUUUUUUGUCAACUUACAUUCUCAUUUUAUAUUGUGCUAUAAAAAGGAUUGUUUCUCCAUAUUUUACACACACACACAUGCUUUUCCCUUUCAGCCUCUUUGUCACAGGCAAGAAGACUAGGAGGCUGUCGUGGGCCCUGCCUUUCCUACCCUUCUCCUUCUCCCUGGGCUUCCUCAGCCCCCAUUUUAAUUCUUGAUCAUGUAGGAAUUGUUUUUGGUAAAUGUUGAUAUUAUUGUUAUUAUUGUUAUUAAUAAAUAAAAACAAGAGGAAUUUUUGUUUAAAAGAGAAAUGUUUAACCAGAUUCUGUUCUAUUUGAAUUGUGACUUGCACCUUUUGUUCAAAGUAUUUUAUUUAGACAUUGUAAUUGUGAACAGUUCUCGUGCCGGUGACAGAUGUAGUGGUCUCCUUUCCCUAGUUGAAGCAGAGCAUACGCAAUAGCUAUUGUUUCUGUCAUUAUCUUUAUUUUUUUUUUCACUGUUAGAAACCAAAGUCUUCUCUGCUGGCUGGGGGCUGACAAAGGAUCUGGGUUGUCUCCUUUGAUCUUCAAAACAAGAAAGAGAUGUUACAUAUUCUGACUCUUGAUCCUUUUUUUCUGCAGAAGGAGAGUUAAUAGUCCCCAGCCCCCUCCUAGUCUUUCAUCUUGAAUUUGCACAGAAGAAAGCGGGUGCCCAGCAUGGCCAUCCUGGUGUUGCUGACAGGAUCCCCAUGCAGCUUGUCCUUCUCACUGAUAUUGGCAGCUCAGCUCCUGGAGCCAGUAUCCCUCGAUGGAUUUCUGCAGUGCAAGAGCCUUUCUUGGGAUACGUCCCAUGUUGCCAUGAUCCCCAAUCUCCCGCCACUUGGUGGUGCCACCAACUACUCACCAGAAGGAGGCUACCAAGAAAGCCUGAACAGCUACUGUUUGACUUCUCUGGGCUCCUUCCAAUUCCAGUGCCCCCGACUGCACCCCCACCCCAGCCUGUUCUGUUUACAUGGGACUGAAUUGAUGGGAGAGCCGACUGCCACCCUCUGUUGACCACCCAGAUGGAAGCCAGUGAGCCUAGUAACCGUGCCAUCUUGCGAACUACACUUUAAAAAACUCAUUGCUUUGUAUUGUAGUAACCAAUAUGUGCAGUAUAUGUUGAAUGUAUAUGAAUAUACUUUCCUAUUUCUGUUCUUUGAAAAUGUCAGAAGUAUUUUUUUCUUUCUCAUUUAUGUUGAACUAAAAAAGGAUUAAAAAAUCUCCAGACCCAAGUUGCAGUAAGACCUUUAGUCCCUUUUUUGUGGGCACUUACAACUUAGUAAUUUAAUUGAAAAGUAGGGGAUUGUGAAAAUAAAAACCUGAUUACCCUCU